CUACCUUCUAAAAGUCUUGCAAGGGGUUUAAUCUGCAACAUUCAGAAAUGGCGGAAGACGAACAACGGCAGCAGCUACUGUGCGAGGCGGCUACAAAUGGUGACAGUAAAAAACUUCAAACCCUAAUCGCAUCAGGAGCUGACGUCACUUACUUCAACAAAGAUGGCUUCACUCCUCUUAUGCUCGCCGCCAAAAACGGCCACGCCGACAUUGUCAAAACCCUCAUCGACGCCGGUGCACCGUGGAAUGCCUUAUCUCCUUCCAAUCUUUCUGCCGGUGACUUCGCCAUGGAUUUGGGUCACCAAGAUGCCUUUGAUAUACUUCUUAAUACUGGGAUACAAGCUGAAUUGAUACUUGGUACAAUUGCACGAAAAGAGAAUAAAGUUGGUGACUUGGAUAAAGACUACUUAGAAGAUAGAGUAAGUUUUAGUGAGGAUAAGAUAAUGGAUGCUAAUAGUAAGGCUGUCAUGAUGGCUUGGGAAAAACCAUUAAUGGAGGCUCAUGCAAAGGCGGUUUGUUCGGGAGGUGGUCAUGUUCUGAAUGUUGGGUUUGGAAUGGGUCUUGUGGAUACUGCUAUUCAGCAGUAUGGGCCGGUGACACAUACCAUUGUUGAGGCUCAUCCUGAGGUUUAUAAACGGAUGUGUGCUUCGGGUUGGGCUGACAAGGAAAAUGUGAAGAUCGUGUUUGGUCGAUGGCAGGAUGUUCUUCCUCAACUUGGAACUUAUGAUGGUAUCUUCUUUGAUACUUACGGGGAAUACUACGAGGAUCUAAGAGAAUUUCAUCAGCAUCUUCCGACUCUAUUGAAGCCUGGAGGAAUUUACUCGUUUUUCAAUGGGCUUUGUGGAGGUAAUGCUUUCUUUCAUGUUGUUUAUUGUCAGUUAGUAUCCCUAGAACUUGAAAGUUUGGGUUAUUCAACACAACUUAUACCAUUACCCGUUAAGGAUUGUUUGGGAGAAGAGGUAUGGGAGGGUGUCAAACACAAAUAUUGGCAGUUAGAUACAUAUUAUCUUCCUGUUUGCCAGUCUUUGGAAGAAUCUGAAUGAUAUAGCUUGUUUUUUUGUAGAAUUAUUGUACUUUUCAUGUUCUCCUAUAGAUCUUUUUUUUUUUUGAACGGUGCUAUGUAGCUUUUACUAGAGAUAUAUAGUAUUUAUUCUUAGUGGAAAGAGAAAUCAUUUGUUUUA